CCGGUGGGCCAUUACCUCGGCCAGUGCAGCCUGCAGGAGCAACGUGCAGAGACGCAACGUGAUUGGUCCGAAGCCGGCACCAUGACGGAACUGGAGACUGCCAUGGGCAUGAUCAUUGAUGUCUUUGCCCGGUACUCGGGGGCCGAGGGGAACAAGCAGAGCCUGACUAAGGGGGAGCUGAAGGUGCUCAUGGAGAAAGAGCUCCCUGGCUUCCUGCAGAGUGGAAGGGACAAGAACACCGUGGACAAACUGCUCAAGGACCUGGAUGCCAAUGGAGACGCCGAGGUGGACUUCAAUGAGUUUAUAGUGUUUGUGGCUGCACUCACGUCUGCCUGUCACAAGUACUUCCAGCAGCCAUGACCUGACUGAUACUCUGUAGCCCCGGAUUCCCGGAGAGGGCACCAGGAGAGGGCCCCUGGCUUCCAGAAAGGCCUGGGAGGCAGUUAUUUCUCGGGGCUGAGCCAGCGGAUGGCCCUCUAAUAAAUAAAAUGCUCGUGAAAUGAU